GAACUUCCGGAAGCAUCUGAGAAUGGUGGGCAGCCACAGAAUGAAGGCUCAGAGUGAGUUCCCCAGUGAGUGUGGCCGUGGUGCCUGUGCCGUCGUAGCUUUUUACAAUGUGUUCUACUUUCGUCAGUGUGGUUGUGCUAUAUGCAUGCAGCCUAUACAGUACGUGUCAGUGUGUGCUGGAUAAAAUGCACUGCAUGGUACAUUUAUGCAUUCAUAAAUAAGUGUGGCAUGGCUCAAUAUGAACUAGUUGAAGCUAUAGUAAAUGGAACCAACACUUUGAAAGUGGUGCAGCUGUAGUAGUAUAGUCUCCCAAGCACAUCGAAUCCCACUUCACCCACCACUUUCCACCUGUUCUCCCCUUCUAAAUUCUGUGUCCCUCUCUACAUUUCAACCUGUCUGAAAAAUAGACAUCGAACUCCCAGGAGAAAGUGGUCCAAGAGUCAAUAUAAUCAACAUUAUGGCAGAAAAGCUUUCAAGUUGGGGUUUUAUAGUAGGAUGCCUGGUUAGAAGAAGCUGGUAGAGGUAUUGACUUUAUUAGCAGCUGUUAAGUGACUGGGUGGUUUGGAUACAACAGUCCCAGCUGUGUGCUGGAGUACCAGAUGCUCACCCACUCAGUAUCACCAUGUCGUGAUGAUGACUCAGUCAGAGCAAUACAACAAAUGUUUUCAGCCAGGCUGUUUUGUAUGAGCCGGGAUGUGUUGUACAUAUGGGAAGUGUGUGUGUGUGUUGGCAUCUGUGUAGAGGACUAAAUUCCACUUCAUGGUGAAGGAAGUUUCUGAUGAGUUUCUAGCGUCUGUGUUGAGUGGCUUCAUCCCAAUUAUCUCUCCUUUUUUCCCAAAGUGUGCGCUUGUUCACUUCCCUUCACUGAUUUGAAAGGAAAUUACUGUUAUAAGAAAUAUGGUGGAAACUCCCUCUAGCCUCCACCAAUCCAAUACUUUUAGAUUUGUGGGAAGUAGUGAACAAGUGUACACUUCAGAAGAAAAUUGAUAUUAUUGGGACACACCCAGUGGGUUUUGGGGUUGAUUAGGGAAAGUGUGUGUGGCACUCUCUCCCCCGGCCUCCUCCUCCUCCUCCUCCUCCUCCUCCUCAUCCUCCACUCAUUCUCCUCCACUCCUUCAUCAGCAUAUGCCGAACGCCGAGCCAAGAGUUUCAACCGCUCCUGGAGUGACCCCACCCCCAUGAAGCCUAACUCUCUCCAUGGCUCCAGAGACAGUGAGUCCACACACAUACUAUACACACACUCACUCAUGCAAGCUGAUGUGCCCAGGAGACAUACGCAAACACACUUUUUCACUCAAGCAUACUCGGCACAAGCAUGUACAAUUAAAAAUAACUUUACUGAGGCACAAACGUGCACUAUACCUACACUAUGUACAUGCACACACUAACACAAACACACACACACUCAUUUGAAAGAAGCUCCUCUGUACAGACUGUUUGACCCUGAUUCUAUUUGUCCUCGUCCUAUUCACGUCUGACUCUUGACGGUGACGGUCUACUGUACCUUGCGUCUGUACGUCUGUCCUUUACGCCUGUACUGUGCGUCUCUGCCGUCCUCCCUAUGUGUCCAGGGUCUGUCUGAGCCUGUGCUUGUAUGUUGCAAGCUUUGUCUUUCAUCUAAAUGUUUGUGUCCGUGUCUCUCUGCAACCUAUUGUCUAUGUAUCUGAUGGCUUUACGUGCCUAUGAUUUCUUGUUCUAUGUUUAGGGAAGGGAUAAUGUCUUCCAUUUCCUCGACGUGUGUCUCUAUGAUUCCUGUCUUCUUUCUCUUUGCAAACAGCCAGGUGUGCUUCUUCUGUUUGCAUACUCUCCUCUAAUCAGCUCUGUUUGUGAUCCUUUCAUCUCUCCCCAACCGUGUGUGUGUUUGCUUGUGUCAGGUGGGGACCUGCCGUCCUCGUCAAGGGCUCUAGAUGAAGGGUCACAGGAGGAUGCCGACUGGGAGGAGGAGAGAGAGCUGGAGAGAGCAGCCUGCGAGGGAGAGGACUUAAUCCCACCCAAAAUCAUAGUGAGAUUCUCAGCUCACCUAAGAGACCAGUUAGCCAUCUCAUAGCAGUGCAAAGAGAAUAGGGGAGUGUGUUGUUAAUAGCUAAGUGUAAACUGUAGUUGAAAACCUCUGUAGCUCUAUUCUAUAUGACCUUAAACAGAUAUCAUACCACUCAGUGGAGAUAAUGUAGAGUCAUUUCUGACUAAUUUAUUUGUCUGUUUUCAUUGUUAUUAUGAUAUUACUUACAGUAUAUAAUGUACCCAUUGUAGACAGUUUUUCGUUGAUAUUUGUAUAGAUGUUGAGUCUGUCUUCUUCCAGCUAAUAUCCUCUAAGGUCCCGAAGGCUGAAUAUGUCCCUAACAUCAUCCGUAGGGACGACCCCUCGAUCAUCCCCAUCCUUUAUGUGAGUCCCUCUCAUCCACUGGUCCAUUGUACUACUCCUACCUGUUAUUUAUUUAUUUAACCUUUAUUUAACUAGGCAAGUCAGUUAAGAACAAAUUCUUAUUUACAAUGACGGCCUACCCCGGCCUACCCCGGCCAAACCCGGACGACGCUGGGCCAAUUGUGCAGCGCCCUAUGGGACUCCCAAUCACGGCCGGAUUGUGAUACAGCCUGGAAUCAAACCAGGGUCUGUAGUGACGCCUCAAGCACUGAGAUGCAGUGCCUUAGACCACUGCGCCACUCGGGAGCCCAAUGAUAAUAUGAUAAUACCUGGAUAUUCUGAUGACUGUCAUAUUGAUUUAGGAGAGUCUCUUUUUCCUAAUGAUUAAAGUACAUAUGGAAAAUAUAUACUUUUUAAAUGCUACGUUAUAACGUGCAUACCACCCCGUUCACACAGUAGUUGGAAUUGUCUUAUUGUCUUAUCUUAUUGUGUCCUAUUUGAAAUUUUUCUGUAGGAUCAUGAACAUGCCACAUUCGAUGACAUCAUUGGUGAGUAGAUUAUGUUUGUUUUUCAUUCAUAGUAUGCCCUGAAUAAUGAUCAUAGUACAGUAUGUGGCCUCUCUCCCCUGCCAGCAGAAAAGUAGCAUUUAUACUUUCCUCCCUCAUCUUUCCCUCCAAUCACAGAGGAGAUAGAGAAGAAGCUGACGGCCUAUAGGAAAGGCUGUAAGAUCUGGAACAUGCUCAUCUUCUGUCAGGUGAGAGAGAGGAAGGGGAGAUGGUUGAGACAAUAUCGUGUGUUUGCGUGCGUGUGUGAGUGGGAGAAUGGGUUCUUAUUGUCUAAAACUCAGUGUUUAAGUCAGCUUAUUGUUGCUGCAGUUAUUAUUGCAUGCACAUAACUGAAAUGAACCUGUUCUCCAGGGAGGUCCGGGGCAUCUGUACCUGCUCAAGAACAAAGUGGCCACGUUUGCCAAGGUGGAGAAGGAAGAGGACAUGAUCCAGUAAGAUCACUCACUUCUGACAACAAUAUCACCAUGAUAACUGUCACUGGAUUGCAGAAACAUAGACUAAAGUCAUACACUAUUAUAAAAAUGCAGAUUCAUUUAAUCUCUGCCCCUCUUAUUUAUAUGGACAGGUUUUGGAAGAAGUUGUGUCGGUUUAUGAGCAAGCUAAACCCUGAGCCCAACGUCAUUCACAUAAUGGGCUGCUAUGUUCUGGGGAGCGUCAAUGGAGAAAAGGUAUGGAUUUAUAGUUUCCCCUAUUAUAGUUGCAUAAUUCUGGUAAUUUUCCCAAAGUUCCCUGGUUUUCUAGAAAUCCCAUUUGGAGGUUCCUGGAUUUCCUGAUUCCAUGAAUUUCUGCCAAAACUUUUAGGAUUUUGUGAAAGUGACUGAAAUGUUACAACCCUAGUCUGGGUACCAGUCUGUUUAGAUAUCAUUCCACUCCUUGACACUCCUUGUCAUUAACUUAUGUAAAGACCUGUUUCCUAUUCUGUCACUGUAAACAUUUAUUACCACAACCGUACUGCUUCUUUAUAGAUUUCUGCACAGUAUAUAGGUCUAUCCCUCUCUUUUUAUUCAUGUAGUCAGUAUAGAGCCGCCCACCACCCACCCACACACCACUGGUACAUAAUUUACACACUGUGAAUCUACUGAAUGUGUCAGUAUGAUGUAGCUAGCCCUGGGCUACCUAGCUGGCUCUUAAGCUCCUAAACGGACACUGCUAAACUGUCAUGCUGUCAUAUAGACAGACAGAGUGCAGGAGGCAGGUUUAGAGACACAGACACAGACCCAUCCACACUGACACUCUGAGCAGCAGAGUGACCCCCCCCCCCCCCCCCCCCCCCCCACGUGCGCUCACGCACGCACACACACACACCCCUGCCCUGGCCCUCCUCACCCACAGAGACGUACUGGCAGACACUGCAGGGAACAAGCAGCUAUGCACACAAACAGUUUCAUGUACACACACACACACACUCACUCAGGCACGCACACACACAGGCACUUAGUUCAGAUGGUCUUGAAUAUGCAUGCACUCUCACACAGAAUUUCCGUACACAUGCUACAGUAUAUGUGUUUACUCAUUUAAAUAAUUGAACGUAUAGUUCAACACAUGCAUGCAUUUUGUACUUUAGCACGCUGUACAGUGUGCCCACACUCUGACACAGACAGCAGUGUUGUUCCAGUCUAUCUGAUAUUUUCCUACCCUGGAGUGUCUGUGUGUGUGUGUGUGUGGCAGUCUGGAGGCUGGACAAGUCGCAGAAAUGAAACAGGGAAGUAUUUUUCAGUGCAUUUAUCAAUGUUCUCCUCUGCUAUCUGUAAUCCCCUGCUACCUCAGCUGGAAUGCAGAUAGAAAGCUUUAGUCAUCCGUCUAAUAAAAGUCUGCUAGUUUCAGAGAGACCUACGUACCGGUACACACCCAGCCUACCUAACUGCAACUCAACUCUAACAUCUCCUUGAUUGAUUUUGGGUGUCUCCCAAAUGGCAGCCUUUAACAUAUAUAGUGCACUACUUUCACCAGAGCCUAUAGGGAAUGGAGUGCCGUUUGGGACGCAAACCCUUAACUUUGUUAUACAGCUCCUUUCCACUCCUUUAGUUUUAUUCACUCCCUGUACAGUCUUCUUUUGGGGAGCAGUCACCUCUAGCCUAAAAAGGACAAGACAUAAACAUCAAUAGUUCCUCCUCUGAAUUCUGUUAAUCCUUGGGUCUGCUGAUUUAUGGCGAUAUAAUCUACCACCAAAUCCUUCUGUUGUACAGUAUUCCCCUCUUGAAUUAAAACAGUGACCCGGCUUUAAGGGUUCAGACUAUUGUUGUUAAUCUCUGUCAACACAGUCAGGGGAGUUGAGGUUAAGCGCUGUAACACUGUAGCACGCUAUAUUAGCAGGUUCAGAGUCCCGCUAGGGGUCGUGAACCCUGACCUCUCCCAUAGACACACACAAACUCUCCAGAGGUUCCGUGCAUUGAUUUAGUUCCUGAGCAUGCUGCUACUGCUACUGCUGUGUGAAUGGCGUCAGCAGAGAGGAAACUGGCUUCUGGAAAAACAUGUUAAUUGGUUGCGAGGCUCCAUGGGGCAGUGGCACUGGCUGGUCCAGACCGCAGGGAGUGGAGGAGGAGAGCAGGAGAGGAGAAGAGGUGCAGGGAAAGGGGAGGUGCAGAGAGAGAGAGGAGAGGGGAGGUGCAGGGAGUGAGUGGAGAAGUGGGCAGGAGAAGGGUGAUGUAAGGUAAUGUGCUCUGACAGGCUCUCUCCAGCAAUGAGCACUCUCCUCGUACACAACAGCCCCCGAACAACAGAUACUCAGUGAGACAAACACAGGUUAACACUUCAGUGUCACUUCCCAUUCUGCUGUAUGCACAAGACACACCCAUCGUUCACUCUGACCCCAUCAUUCCCACUAUGAAGGGCUCUUUUCAGUUGAUGUUAUGACAUAUUUACCUUUGCAGUUAGUUGUAUUGCUUUUGGAGGUACAACUGAGUGUUAAUUUCCUUUGGAAAAAUAAUGAGUGACAAUAUGUUUGCAAUUGUUUUUGUUGUGAACAGAAAACAAUUUUCACUCCUCUCAAGAGGUUUGUCUGUUUUGCCAGAUGGGUGUUUUGAAAUGUAAAAUGUUCUCCUUCACAGCUAAUCCAGAAUCUGAAGCAGCUAAUGAGACCUCAUGUCAUCGAAUUCAAGUCCCCACUAGAGCUAUCUGCGCAGGGUGAGUGUACGACCACACACACAAUUUCACAUAUGUAUAGAUUUUCCAAUAUCUGCUACAUGCUGUGCAGUACACGUUCCCUGAAUCCUAGCAAGGCAGACCAAGUUAAUCAGGACAUUAGGGAACACGCUGACAGACGUCUGAACUUCCUGAGAUCUGAACUCACCCCUCAUCAAUCAUUUCCCCCUGACACUUAUUGAUGUCAUGCUAAUUAUUUCUCAAUUAAUAUCUCAUUACCUCCACUGAGUGUUUUCCUCUCCUCUCUCUCUCUCUCUCUCUCUCUCUCUCUCUCUCUCUCUCUCUCUCUCUCUCUCUCUCUCUCUCUCUCCCUCCAUUAUUUAUACCAGUUUAUAGCUUGAUCAAGCUUUACAGUACAUAAACACUUCAAUCAACUGUAUAUUACAAUCAACGUUUGAGAGUAGUUGUUGGGAUAAAAAACAACAACACGUUAAUUAUUUUCCUUUCUGAGAACAGAUUAGCUAGUGGAGAGGGGUGAAGAGAAAUCAACUGUACUUAACUGGUGCCCCUCGACCCAACCCACCCUCUCUCGCUCUCUCUCUCUCUCUAGGCAAGGAGAUGAUCGAGAUGUACUUUGACUUCCGUCUCUUCCGCCUGUGGAAAACCCGCCAGCACUCCAAGCUGCUCGACUAUGACAACCUU